GUGGAGUGCAGCGUGGGCGGCUGGCCGUGCGUGCUGGCGUGCUCCGUGGUGUGGCCGUGCCUGCGCGCCGAGCAGCUGCUGGUGUCGGUGGGCGCGCACGGCGGCCGGCUGCGCGCGCGCGUGCCCGCCUACCCGCACACGCCGCGCAUGCCCGAGCUGGCCGCCGCGCUCACGCACGCCAACCGCGCGCACGUGCGCCAGUUCCUGACUACGCUCAGGUUCUGGCUGGUAGCGCGUCGUUGUGAGAAGACACUCCAGCACCUACCAGCAAGUGUGUGUGAACAUUUGCCGUUCCUGCACGGACCAGACCAUCCACUGAACAAGCUGGCGCCGGACCGACUGUACGUCACGCUUCAUCGUCACACGGAUCAUAUAUUAGUAGUGGAAAUGAAAGAGGUAGCGGCGGGCGGGACGGCCACUACCAGCUCGAGCAACAACAGCGGCAGCGCGUGCAGCGUGGCGCUGGCGUUCCACCUCGCGGGCGCGCGUCGGUGUACGCCCGACGAGUGUGAAGACGAUGCAUCUUUGUCGUCCAACAACGCAGCGUCUACGGCGACAGCGCGCGCCUUCCUCAAGCUACACUCCCUCGUAGAGCUCGACACGUUCACUCUAACGCACGGACCUUUCACACCGCUUGACACACCUGGCAUGCAGCCGGGCAAGCGUAAACUGUCGGCUGCUAGCACGCGCGCCGUGCGAGUGCGCCAGCCGGCAUACUUCCUGCCCGAGCUGGCGCACGUCGUGGCCGCCGCCGACGAGCGGGUGCCCUUCGUAAACCUCGCGCAAGAGUUGGCGGCGCGCGGGGUGACGCACGGCGGGGUGCAGGCGGAGUGGUCGGGCUCCGCGCUGGGCAUGCGCAUAGUGGCGCUGCCGCGGCCCGAGGGCGCCAGCGAGGCGGCGGCCGCAGCCCUGCGCGCGCGCCUGCUCGCCGCCACCGUGCGCCUCACCACGAAGAACCACGCGCGCGUGUGGACAGCCGAGAUCGUGUUCCACGGCUCGCCUGUUUCUACACCUAAUCCCAAAGAACAAGGUGAACGGCGCUGCGUGUACCUGCAAUACGACCUGGGCACGGACGCGGGCCGCACUGCGGACGCGUUCCUAGCGGACUGGGCGGCCAUUGUACAUUUGCACACCCUGUUGUAUGAUUUCAUGCUUCGCCCCAGUCAAGAGCGCGAGUCGCUGUGGCAGGGCGUGUGUAUCCGCUCUUACACGUACCGCUCGCUGGUGCUGGGCUGGGGCGCGGGCGCGCGGGCCACGGCCGUGCUGCAGUGGAGCGCCGCCACGCAGCGCUACACCGUGGCCACGCCGGCGCACCAGCCCGCCGCCAACGCGCACCAUCUGCUGCACCAUCAUCUUGACCACUAUCUCAACUGGCACAAGGAGCUGAUGUCGCUGGGCGUGGUGUUGCGCGAGACGUACGCGCCGCUGCUGGCGCUGAGCCGGCUGCCCACGCUGCCGCAGCUGGGCCUGCACCACGUGCGCACGCUCAUGCCCACGCCCACCUUCACGCUGCUCGCGCACUCCUGGAGAAAGAUUCGUAUAAUAUACGCUGGCGCCUAUUCAAUAGAAGUGGGUAUUCGCGGCGGCAACAUGGUGACUAUACGGGACGGCUCGUACUCGAAGUUCGACCGCAGCACCGUUGUCGACGAGUUCGCACCAGCGCAAGGACUCAAGACAUUCCUGUCGAGAUACGUGGAUGACAACAUCAGUGCGCGUUUGUUGGCGGAAGAUGACAACCCGCCGUCACCUAUGUCGCCUAUGCCUCCAGGAGGUCUCCGUUUCCCCGCGCCGCUCACCCCGCCGCAGCCGCACACGCCGCACUCGGCGCCCGUCACACCGCACCCGGCCUCGCCGGCACAUCAGAUGGGUGGAGGUUCGUUCAACCUGACAUCGCCGCCGGGGUCAGCGGGCGGAGCGGGCGCGGGCGCGGGCGGCGGUGCGGGCGGCGGCGCGGGCGUGUCGGCGUCCCCCGCCUCGCCCAUGGCGCCGUCGCCGCUGGCGCCCGCCGCCUCCCCGCACCCGCCGCCCACCUCGCCCUUCACGGCGUGGCCCGCCUCGCCCUCGCUGCCUCGCCCCUCGCCCGGCCACCACCCCUCGCCGCGACACCACGUCGACUACAAGGGGCCGCAAGCGAGCUCGUCGUCUGCGGCGGCGCGCGGUGGGACUUCGGGCGGGCGCGGCUGGAGCGGGGCGGUGGGCACGCCGCUGGCGGUCAGCAAGCUGGAGGCGAUGUGCUCGCCCGCCGAGCCGCCGCCCGGAGCGCCGCCCGGCCCGCCGCUCGCGCCGCUGCAGCGCUUCCUCGCCUGCGUCUACAUGAAGCGAGCGCUGCAGCGCUUCGUGCAUCAGGAGGAGUUUCUGAGCCUGGUGAGCGCGGACGCGACGUCGCUGACGUUCCGCUGCGAGGGCGCGGGGCUGGCGGCGCGCGUGACGCUGCACCCGCAGCACAUGCAGUCGCUGCACCUGCAGGUCACGCCGCUCGCCGACGUCAAGGACAACUGGUCUGCUGACGACCUGCAGGUGAUGGAGAAGUUCUUCGAGCAGCGCGUGGCGGUGUCGCCGUUCCGCGCGACGGCGCUGCAGGGCUGGGCGCGCGCGUGGGGCGCGCCGGGCGCCGCGCUGCCGUCGCUGGUGGCGCUCAUGCGCGCUGACCUGGCGCCCGUCGCGCCCGCGCUGUGGACGCCGCACUGGCUGCUGCGCAUCCCGCCCGCCGGGUCGCAGAUCGUGCCCGCCGGACAGCCCGCCGUGCUGCUCGCCAAGCACAAGAUACUCUUCUUUAUAUGCCUGACGCGCGGCGAGACCCAGCUGCUGCUGCCGCUGGUGUACGACGUGCAGUCCAACGCGAUGCAGAUAGCGGAGCGGCGCGAGGUGCAGCAGCCGCACCUGCUCGCCGUCAACAUGCAUCUCAAACGGUUCGCGGAGUUCAACCAGUCGCACGGCGAGUGCAUCCUGUGGCCGGCGGUGCGCGACUUACUCAUCAACUUCUCGCUGCCGCCCGACGCGCCGCAGCCGCCCGCGCCGCCGCCGCCCUAGCGCGCGCGCCCGCCGCCGUAGGGGCCGCGCGCGCCCUCGGGCCACUGCCACUACCUGCAGACCUUGGCGCACUACGGGAUACACGACUGACCACUCAUACGCCUCAUGGCAUCGUACAUACAUUUAUAUUUAGAUACGACAUUGACGGCAACACUUAUGGUAUAGUUGUUCUGUUUCAGAAAGGCUUAGCUUUCGAUGUAGUGUAAGGUGACAGUAGAAACGUGUUUGUUGUUUUCCCUUAGUGUAAAUUAAAGGAACAUUGGCACAACAGAAACACAUUAAAAUCUGUUUUUUUAGAAACCAAUCACAGACAUAAUAUGAUAAUGUAUAUAAAUACAUAAUUCUGCUAUAUUGGAGGUCUUUUAGUUAUAUUCAAGCCCUGGUGCUGCUUCAUUUUUAAAAAGGAUGCACCAUUACAUAAUGAAGAGAAAAGUCGCAACAAAUCGUGUAAACAAACAACAAGUGUGUGUGGCAUGCUCUCUGUCAUCUAAAAAUUUAUGGCAGCAUAAUACAGUAUACAAAGUGUAGAAAGUGUUUCACAGACAGAUAGUAACUGAUCGGAUUUAUGUUAUACUUACAGUAAGGUUAUGAAUUGAGUUUAUAACCUACACAAAACUAUGUGAUGAACUUGCAUUGGUAAACUGAAUCUUAAUUAUUUGGUAAUACGGUUGAUUUAUUCAGGUAACGAUGGUAGUGUCAAUGUGUGUUGGGUGUAAUACACUGAGUAUUAGCUCAGAUCGUGCACUGUGUAGUUUGAAUUCUUUCCAGUUAUUAAUUUAAAGGCAGUGUUGUAUCUAUUUAUAAAUAAAUAAAACAUGUAUAAUAUUACGUGCCACUGUUAUUCCGCAGAUUUACGGAUAUAAUUUGUGCGUGAAACCUCAUUAUUGCGUGUCUGUAGCAAGCCGAUCUUUGGAAAGUCUCAAACGUUUUGUAUUGAACUCUCUAUCUACUAUUUAUAGUGUUAUUUUUUUUUCUAAAAAUAAUGGAAUCCACUAGUGAUACAUAUAUCUAUUUCAGUAUACUUAUAUUUAAUAAAUUAAUCUUUUCACGGUACAACAUUGUUAUAAUAUGCUGCUGAUUAAAAGAUUUUUUGUGGAAUUUUCACUUUCGCGUUUUUUUUUCGGAUAAAAUACGAGUAGGUAGAAAGUGUAAUAUAUUUAUUAAUAUGUAUUAUAUUAUAUAGAGUUCAUUUUAGAACUGAAUGUUCAAAUUACCUAGCUCUUUAUGGAUACUUAUUGUUUUUUUAUUAAAUAAGACUUAGUUAGUAAAGUUACUUAAAACUUAUUUACAUUAAGAUUAAAUGUAAAUUUGUACAAAUGAAAUAAAGCUACUUUAUAAUUUG